UCUACCUGGACCAAUCGCGUAAGACCACGAUCGCAAUGGCGGCGUGGCUGAAUAGUUUUGUGUUAUCGGGUGGUUGGUUAGGUAGAGGCUUGUAAAGCCAGCAAUUUUGUUUUCUUAUAUGCUGAAGUGUUCAUCUUGCUGUGGCUCAACUUUUUAUUCAGUCAUGUACCAUUGCGGUUUCUUACUGGUCUUACUAGACCUGUCUUUGGAUGUGGUUGGAAGUAUUUCCCAAUUAGAAAUUGACAAGCACUUAGAACUAGGUAGAGAAUUUUUAGCAAAGGGCCAGUUACAAGAUGCACUCUCACAUUAUCAUGCAGCUGUUGAGGGUAAUCCGAACAAUUAUUUGACAUACUAUAAAAGGGGCACAGUGUAUCUAGCAUUAGGUAAAGCCAAAUUUGCACUUCUUGAUCUUGAUAAAGUUCUGGAAUUGAAGCCGGACUUUACCUCUGCAAGAUUGCAACGUGGUAAUAUAUUGUUUAAACAAGCUCAGUUUGAUAAAGCAGAGGUUGAUUUUCGAGAUGUACUGGCAGCUGAACCACACAAUUCAGACGCCUAUUCUGCCUUGUAUAAAAUAGCACCUGCCCAAGAAGAUUUAUUAGUCGUAGACAAAUUAAUUAGAAGCGGAGAUUAUGCAACAGCUGUACAACAGUUAACCAGAGUCAUUGAAGUUUGUCCAUGGUCAGCUGAGCUUAGGCAACGCAGAGCCGAAUGUUAUGAGAUGCUUGAAGAUUAUGUUAGUGCUAUCUCUGAUGUACGUUCUACAACCAAGUUACAGUCUGAUAAUACGGAAGGAUAUUUGAAAUUAGCUACAUUGCACUAUCGACUCGGACAAGUGGAAGAAUCUCUAAAGGAAAUUCGAGAAUGUUUGAAACUUGAUCCGGAACAUUCAAAAUGCUUUUCGUUCUAUAAGAAAAUUAAGAAAAUAGCGAAACUGCUAGCGGAUGCAGAGACAUAUGAGAGUGAGAGAGAUUACAUUAGGUGUAUAAGUUCAGCUCAGCCUGUACUUAAGCUCGAGCAACAAAUAGUCAACGUACGUUUUAUCGCUCAUCACCUACUUUGUAAAUGUUUCACUGGUAACUCGGAGCAAAGGGAGGCAAUUAAAAAUUGCCAGGAGGCAUUAAAGAUAAGGAAAGAGGCUACAGUAUAUUGUGACAGCGCGGAAGCGUACCUUGCGGCCGAUAUGUUCGAUGAUGCAAUUAGAGAUUUUAAGGAAGCUCUAGAAAUCGAUAUGAGCUUGCAGAGAGCGAAACGAGGUCUGCAUAAAGCACAACAACGACAAAAACUGUCCGAGUCACGAGAUUAUUACAAAAUUUUGGGUGUGCCAAGAACAGCGACGAAACGUGACAUUAUCAAGGCGUAUAGGAAAGCUGCACAAAAGUGGCACCCCGAUAACUUUCAAGAGGGAGAGGAGAAGAAACGGGCGGAAGAACGAUUUAUCGACAUUGCCGCUGCCAAAGAAGUACUGACCGACGAUGAGAAGAGAGCAAAAUUCGACCAAGGUGAAGAUCCGUUGGAUCCUGAAUCAGGGAAACACCAACAAGGUUUCAACUCCUUCCAAGAAUUCCAUCACUUCCAUGGUUCUCCCUUCCAGUUUAAAUUCCACUUUAAUUAGUCAAUUUCUCAUUCUCUAUUAUGGUACUAGCCCAAAUAAAUUUCCUAAAUUUUCAUAAUGCCGCUGUAUACGCGACGCGAUUUUUGCUAUCUAUAGCUGGAAUUUAAUUUUGCUAAUCUACCUCGUCGGUAGUCAUACGUCUUGUAUCUGCAUGGGAGCCAGAAGACUGUGCGCGAAAAAAAUAGUAAUCAGUAAGUCAAGAAUCACUGACCAAAUAUAACUGAUCUUAAAACCUCGAUUGAAAAUUAAGUUCUCUGAUUUACGCAUUGAAUUAAAUUCAAACCAUUGUUUUUCGGUCGGCAAAUAACUUAAAUGAAGUUCAUACUGUACACAGUGUAAAUAAUGCAAGCAUUUAAUUAAACGCGUUAUUCAUGGUGAUUUCGAGUAACUGACUUGCUGAGUAACUACUAAACAAUACACUUGAUGCAGACUGAACGUAUAAUCAAUUUUCAGUAAACGAAGAUAUUCUGUACGUGUAAAUAUCGUACCGUCGACAAGGGAAACGAAGUUAAUUGAACUCGCAUUUUAAUAAAAUCAUAUGUAGGAUGUUUGCAGUGAAAUGCUGCCACCUAAACUAUUACGGCGGCGGGCUGUGGAUAAUUUAUAGAGAGCGGAUUUUUAUGCAUAGUAAAUUUGUGUUAAUUAACGUUUUAUUUAAGAUGUAGCAUGGUAUGCGUCCUGAGGAACGUAUUGCCGAUCUUUUGAUCUUUAAAAUUGGUAACAUAUGUACGUGCAUUUUCAUGCUUUGUCUUUUUCUGUUACAUAUAUUCAUAUUUUUCCGUUAAAUGCAUAAGAUCCGCUGUCUAAUAAUUGACAGUAUCCUCAAAUUGUACGAUGAUUAGAUGGAGUGCAUAAUACGAAAAGCGAUUCGCGAUAAUUAUGAUCAUCGAGUACAGAUGCACAUGGGAAUAUAAGUAUCGCAGUCACUGUAUUCGAUGUUAAUGAAACAAACAUGUAGGACAAUGCUGUGCGCGUGUUGUGUUUGCAUGAGUGUGAGAGAACUUUAUGUAAAUACUGUAUCUUUGAUAUUUGUUUAAAUAUAUUUGAAUAAUUUAUACAUACAUA